AUUGAUAGUCCAGUCCAGUGAAAAUUUUAUGACUUAUGAAGCUGAUAUCAUCGUGGCGUGUUUAUUUCAGUGAUGGUUUAAAAUUAAAAUUCGAGUGUUAAUUAAUUGUAAAGACUUUGAAAUGGAUUCGAAAAAAUCCGUCGUCUUCUUCGCGUUGAUCGUGACAGCUAAUUGCUAUUUAUUGAGCGAAAAGAUUACCGAUACAUUUGUCCACAAUUGUGGUGGAUCGAAUUCGCAGUUGGACCCUUUGAAAUUAGACUUCUGUAAAACAUCAGGAGAUCGAGAUUCAGAAGAUAUCCUUUGCAAUGGUAUUUAUUCAAUUAUAGUGGAUAUUUGUAGGAAUUCGAGUUCUCUUAAAAUAGAUCAAGUGAUAAAGAAAUCGACCGAGUUCUCAUCCGAUGAUCCCGGAAAAUUUUGUAAAGAAGCUGGCUCUUUGAAUAUUGUACUCGGUAAUGUGCCUAAAAACGUUUCUAAGAACUUGGAAAAAAUGAAACUUCCUAGAGCUUGUUCAGCUAUUUGCACAUCGCUUGAAGAUGAAAAAGUGAAUCCUUUGUGCCCGUUUUUGGUUUCCUUUUCUGUACUAAAAAGUGGAAUUAAUACGGUUCAGGAAACAGGAAACGCUUUGAAUACUGCUGCAGAGAAAGUUCCAAUUCCGAAUCCUGCUGCUGAGUCGAAACAAAAUACUGCUCCCCAAAACACGAACGACCAGCAUGAUUCAAUUUCAAUCCCUGGUGAAGAGUCUAAAGCUCAACAGAAAUAUGUUAUCAAACCACCAGUUGUAGCUGUGCAACCUAAUAUUACUAGUAAAUCCAGUGAGCCAACUCAACAGGGUGCUCAAGGUGUACUACCGCCGAAAGAUGAUCCGUCAGCUCAUAAUCUUGCGAAACCAGAAAGACCUAUUAAUCAAGAGCAAUCCGAUGGUGAGUUCGCGCCACCCGAUGUUUUUGAAAAGCCAUCGAAUGUUGAUCAAAAUCAAAACCCAUCAAGUGUUGAUCAAAACCCAUCGAUAGAUGAUCAAAACCCAGUCAUCCCACAUGAUGAAAAUGCUGAUGCUGGUCCUGUUCCACAGGGAAACACUAACGAUGAAAACAAUGAGGCAAACGACGAUCACGCAGUACAUGCUGAUGGAAAUUUGAAUGACGAUAGCCCGUUUCAGCAUCCGCAGAGUAAAGCCACAGACACGAAACAAGAAGUAGGACAUCAAGAGAGGAUAGACGUUGACCCAUUCGAAAACGCCGGAGAUUCGAAUUUUUUCACCUACUUCAUAUUCAUAUCAGCCAUUUGCGUAUGUUUUUACAUCGCAAUGUACAAUAAGAAAAAGAUUCUCGCUUUAAUGAUCGAAGGCCGUCGAAGCAGUGUGAAAAGACGACCGAAUUCAGCAGCUUACAGCAAAUUAGAUUGCACUCUCGAAGAAGCAAUGGCAUCCGGUCCAUCAACAUCUUCAUCCAAUACUCUUCUAUACUAAGUAGGACUGCCGUCCUGGUUUUUUAGUCUGUGAUGUAAAUAUAGGUUGUAUAUUUGUUUGUUAGUAGUCGAGGUAAUUGCGUGUAUAAUUAGCGUGUUUAUUGUAAAAAUCAUCGCGUUAGUUCACGUUUAUACCAAUUUUGAUCUUGAUCAGAUUUCUGAUCGAUCACGCGACCAGUUCCAUUAAUGACUUGUAAAGUUACCUCGAAAGGAAAAAGCUACACAGUGAGACGUCUCCUAGUAAGUUAUUCCAGAUAGAGUAAUUUUAUCGCUUCUACGAAUUACACCUAUCUUAAUAAUUGACGACAGAAUGAGUGUUUGAUUGAGCACGUGUUAUGCAUUUCGCAUGUUUUAAAUAUUUUCUUUUGUUUUCAUAACAUCGAGUUUAUUUCGCAAUCGAGUUGGAAAGUUACAAAUUAAAUGACAUUAUGGAAUACCAAAUAUUUAUUAUUAUUAGUAAAUUUCGCUUGAAAUUUUAUUCUCUAUUUUGACCUAUUUUUUUUUUUUUUUUUUUUUUUUCGUAUUUUCUAUUGAUUAUUACUAAUUUUGUAAUAACAAAUAUCAUCGUAGGUUACACCUUGCCUAAUAUUUUGUAUUUUAAAUUCGAUUCUUGUCAAGCUUUAAUUUCAAUUUUUACCUAACGUGACAUGCGUUUUUGUAAUUGGCGUGUUUUUCAUUCGUAAUUUCAAAAUUUUUCUGCGAGACUUUUAAAGAAUGUUUUAUAUAAGAUAAUUCAAGCUUUUCUUGGACAAUGAAAUCGACGUAAUUUUAUUUGGAACUAUUUUUUCUUGGAAAAUCAAACUGACGUAAUUUCAUUUGGAACUUGAAAAAUAAUUCUAACAAGAAAUACGAGAUCAAAAUACCUGGGUUCUUUUCAGUAUUUGUUAAUUUAUUAGAAAUUCUUGCGUAAGCUGGAAUUCCCAUCCUGAUAAUGAUUCAAGUGUUACGAUAACAUUGUCGAACUAAGGAGCAACAAUUUGAUAACUUGAAAUGGAAUUUCCUGAAAAAAAUUCAACAAUUCGAAUAAAACUGUUUUGGUUUUGAUUAUCUUGUAGCUAUUAUAGAAAUUUAUUCUCUGAGUGAAAAUUAUCCGCUGUUUUAAUCAACGUUUGAAUUUUUUGUCUAAUGAGUUUUUUUUUUUUUUUAGAAAGUUAAUGAAAGUAAUAGCUCCUUUCCUCCAUUUCCUUUUGCCUCAAUCAUCACAUUUUUCCAACUGUCAAUUGAAUACCUUCUGUUUUAAAUAAUUUUGAUUUCUAUUUUUGAAAAAUACAAGCUGUAGCAGUCUUCUCCCCCCCCUUCCGCCAUCAUCACAUUUUUUCAAAUAUUUAGUAUAAUUCACCACUUUGAUUUCGAUUUCCAAUAGCAAAUAGAAAUUGUAGUUUGACAAUUUUAGCAAAAAGCGAGACCAUUUUCGGCGAUUCUGGCGAAAAAUAGAACGUUUUGACAAUUUUGGCAAGAAGCAGAACGUAGGACUUUUUAUUGAAUUUUAGUCAAGAAAUAGAUUUUUUUUACAAUUUUGACAAAAAAUAGGACAAUAGGCAAUUUUGGGAGAAAACGGGACUUUAUUGACAAGAAUUAGUACUCUGGCAAUUUUGAUGAAAAUCGAGAUGUUUUGAAUGAAACUUUCUCACAAUUUUGACAACAUUGGACUUUUUAAAAAAAUUUAGGCGAAAACCGAAUUUUUUGUGAUUUUGUAGACUUUUUUCUUUAUCUCUUAGUAAUACGUGCAAUAAAAUGCAGUUUUGCAAGGGAUCUCCUGCCUCCACCAAAUUCAGAAAAUCUCAAAUGUCCAACUUUGGAAUCAAAAAUUCAUCAUUUUUUCAGCCUGUGUAAACGUCCUUAGAUUGGUCAAUUUUUCAACUUGGCUUGUAAUCUGAAUCAUCACAUUUCUCUAUUCACCAGUAUUGUCUGAUUAAAUUAUACCAGAUUUCAGCUUGGGCCAAUCGCUGAUCCUAUUUUAUUAUUAUUACCUUUACAACUCGAAAUGAGUAAAAUAUUCAUUCGUACUCAUUACACAUAAAUCACUUUAUUUCGAGCAUUAUUUUUUAAUUACCUAGCCAUGCCUAGUUGAUGAUUUUUCGACUUACUUGCGACGAUUUUUUUUCUCGAUCAAUGACGUAUGUUAUGUACAUUUUAAUGUCGAUCGAAUCGCAUUUUCCAUUUUGUAAUCGAUUCGGAUUCGAUUAAAUUUAUGAUUGUGAUAUUGACGAUAGUCUUAGCUGAUCUAGAUGCACUUAGCAUUUCGGUGUGAGAAGUAACGCUUAAUUUUAGGUGAAUUUAUUUCAAUUUGUAAAUAUUUGUAAGAUUUACCUUUGUUUUUUUUUUCGUUUUUAUUUUAUUUUUUUUUUGGUAUAAAUUAGGGGUUACGUUCUAUGGUAAUUUGCAAUACUACUAUGAUUAAGUUUGAAUAAAAUUUCUUCGUGUAUUAUCAGGCUAAUUCGCCAUGAUGACUGAACUUUUAUUACGUAUUAAGAUAAGGGGCAUUUUUAAUCGCCUUUUUCAAUCGAUUGUUCAAACAGCUUUUCUUUUUCUCGGAUUGAUUCCUAUUUUCAAAACGUAAAUACCUAUUUUUAUUUUCACUUUAUUAUGUUUAAACGUUUUUUCUUUUUCUUUUUCUUUAGUUUAUAUUGUUUAAGUUUAUUUCAUUUUCUUCUUCUUCUUUUUUUUAAACGUGAUGCCUGAAAAGGCUGUGGGCACAAAAAUUUAUGGGUUUGCGUGUGUGUAUAUAUUUUUAUUGUUCUAGUCGAUGUAAUGUGGGAAAUGGAUAGGUAAAUGGGUUUAAAAAUUAAUUAUCGAAUUCACGGUUACAGUUGUUAACUUUUUUCCUUUGACACUUUGAAGGGAGACGAUUAUAUUUCGAAAAUAUUUACCAAAAAAAAAAGGAAGAAAAAAAAAAGAGUAUUUACCACUAGCUUAAUGGUAUUUUAAGUCGUUACGUAAAUACUGUGAGCUUUAAUGAUAUUUACCUACCUAUACUAUUAUAAUUUUUUUUAAAUUCGAUUUUUCAAUCAAUAAAGCAUUGCUCAUA